AUGACGAGUCGUAGCCCACCUCCCGUUAGACGGCACGUGGAAUUGGAACCAUCCCCAGCUCAAGCUUCAGCCCUCACCCCUUCUACGCCUGCACUGACUAUAGACGCGGUCUCGACUCAUGAAAUUCAGAGAUGGAUGAGUCAAAUAGAACAAUGCCUGAAUGACAUCUGCACUAUUUCUGGAGAUGGGAAACUGAAUACGGAGCAGAAGCUCAAAAUUAGCAACAUUAGCAGGCAAGAAUUUGCUGAAGUUAGGAGUGAAUUCAGUGAUAAACUAGAAUCAGUUUCAAAAACAUUGAAUGAUCAACUUGGCGAAUUCACUAAAACAAUUGAAGCUAAAAAUCUCGAGAUCGCUUUCCUUAAAACAUCUGUGACCAAUCUACAGCGACAACUCGCCGUGCACGAGCAAAAUAGUAUAAAAAACGAGUUGGAAAUAGUCGGGUUGCCAGAAUAUGACAACGAAAAUCUCAUGCAAAUAACAUCAAUAAUGUGUAAGAAAAUUGGAGUCGACCUAAAUGAACAAGACGUAGAUGAGGUGAUCCGUGUUGGACCCAGAAAUUUGCACAGCAGUGACUCAUCUCAAAGGAAGUGGCCGCGACCCGUUGUUGUAAAGUUACUUAGAAGGAGGACCCGGGACGAGAUUCUCAAGGCUGCUAAGUCUAGACGAAAUGUCACAUCAGAACAUGUGGUUGAAGGCCCCCCGAAAAAUGUAUAUUUUAAUGAAAGGCUCACUAAGGAAAAUCGCACUUUAUUUCGAGAAGCAAGACAAUGGUGUCAAAGGGUCUUAAGUUUUAAGUUCUGCUGGAUUCGAAAUGGAGCUGUUCAUAUUAGACAGAGUGAAAACAGGGCCGCUGUUCGAUUGCAAUCUAUUGAAGAACUGGAUCAAAAAAUUGGACAUGAGCCUGAUGGCUAA